AUGUUGCGCAGAUUUUCAUCGACAUUCAAAAAGUCGUCGAAAGGCGACCGCGAUGCGAAGCCGAAUGGAGCCCAGGUAAAUGGGCAGAAGCGCCAGUCGAAAGUGCCGACAGCGCACGAAUCGUCCUCGGAUGAGAGUCGCAGCGAUCGCAGCGACAAGAGUGACGAUGGCCUGCCGGCAUUCGAAAAGUAUGCCCAGGUCUUGCACGCUUCCCGGCGCCCUUUGCCGAAUCAGACUGGCGAUGGAACCUAUCUUGAGCAUGAGCACUCGGGCAGUUUGUUCCAGGAUCUCCGGACUUUGGGUUUCAAGGAUGUUGGGACGCUGAAGGAUCUACUCAAGACGAAGGCCAAGGGAGAAUACGUGGAUGACAAGACCAUGCUUAUGGAACGCAUUAUUCAACUUGUCAGCAGCCUUCCAGGGAAUUCCAAGACCCGCGCCGACCUCACGAAUGCCUUUUUGGAUGAGCUAUGGGGUUCCUUGCCUCACCCACCUCUAUCAUACAUGGGAGAGGAGUAUGCCUACCGCUCGGCCGAUGGCUCCAACAACAACCCGACUCUUCCCUGGCUAGGUGCCGCCAACACCGCCUAUGCUCGCUCGAUCGCGCCUCUAACUAUCCAGCCCGGCGGAUUGCCGGAUGCCGGUCUCGUUUUCGACUGUCUGUUUGCGCGUGAGAAGUUCACCCCUCAUCCGAAUAAAGUCUCGAGUCUUUUCUUCGACUGGGCGUCUCUUGUCAUCCACGAUAUCUUCCAAACGGAUUACCGAAACCCUCAUGUCAAUAAAACAUCCGCCUACCUCGACCUCUCUAUUCUGUACGGUGAUAACCAGGAAGACCAGGACUUGGUCCGGACAUUCAAGGAUGGAAAGUUGAAGCCCGAUACUUUCUCGGAACAGCGACUCCAGGCUUUUCCGCCGGCGUGCUCCGUGUUGAUGGUUAUGCUAAGCAGAUUCCAUAAUUGGGUCGUGGAGGAGCUGGCAGCCAUUAACGAAAACGGCCGCUUCAAUAAACCCAAGGCUGGCCUCGGCGAGGAGAAAGCCAAGAAGGCUUGGGCAAAGUACGACAACGACCUUUUUCAGACCGGACGACUGGUCACAUGCGGCCUUUUUAUCAACAUCACUCUAUAUGAUUACCUACGCACCAUUGUCAAUCUGAACAGAAGCAACUCUACUUGGUGCUUGGAUCCCAGAGUGCAGAUGGAGGGCAGCAAGAGUACUCCGUCUGGUCUCGGUAACCAGUGCUCCGUGGAAUUCAACCUCGCAUAUCGCUGGCAUUCUGCUAUCAGCGCCAAUGAUGAGAAGUGGACUGAAGAGGUCUACGAAGAGCUGAUGGGGAAGCCUGCCGCGGAGGUCUCGAUGCAUGAGCUUCUCAUGGGGCUUGGAAAAUACGAGCAAAAUAUCCCGAAGGACCCUUCCAAACGCACGUUUGCCAAUCUUAAGCGCCAGGAGGAUGGAACGUUCAAGGAUGAGGAGCUUGUCAACAUCUUGCUCAAUGCCAUCGAGGAUGUUGCCAGCUCCUUCGGCGCACGAAAUGUGCCAAAGGUCUUGAAAUCCGUCGAGAUCCUGGGUAUUGAGCAGGGCCGCAGGUGGAAUGUGGGCUCCCUGAACGAAUUCCGCAAGUUCUUCGAUCUGAAGCCAUACGAAAAGUUCGAAGACAUCAACUCCGACCCAGAAGUCGCUGAUGCUCUUCGUCAUCUGUACGAGCAUCCCGAUUACGUGGAACUCUACCCUGGUAUUGUCGCUGAGGAAGCCAAGGAGCCCAUGAUCCCUGGUGUUGGCAUUGCUCCUACGUACACAAUCUCUCGUGCGGUUCUCUCUGAUGCCGUGGCUCUCGUCCGCGGAGAUCGAUACUAUACCAUCGACUACAACCCGCGAAAUCUGACAAACUGGGGAUACAAUGAGGUCCGCUAUGACCUCAGCAUCAAUCAGGGAUGUGUGUUCUACAAGCUCGCGCUGCGGGCCUUCCCUAAAUACUUCAAGUCUGAUUCCAUCUACGCACACUACCCGAUGACCAUCCCCAGCGAGAACAGGAACAUCAUGAAGGACCUCGGCCGCGAGUCCCACUACUCUUAUGACCGGCCUCGCUACACCGAGACUGCUCCGACCCUGUUGUCCUACCCCAAUGCCAAGCUAGUCCUGAAUAGCCAGAAAGACUUCCACGUGCUCUGGGGUGGACUUAGCUCGCUCUAUGCCGGAAAGGGAGGCAUUGACUUCUGGAGCAAGUCGUAUGACAAUGAUCAAUGGAGGAAGAACAUCAGAGACUUCUACGAAGAUGCUACCUUGAAGCUACUCGGCGAGAAGUCGUGCAAGCUUGCUGGAAUCAAGCAGGUUGACAUUACAAGGGAUGUCGGAAAUCUCGUGCCCGUGCACUUCGUCUCUAAAAUCUUCUCGUUGCCGCUGAAGACCAAGAGCAACCCCCGGGGAAUCUUCACUGAGCAUGAAAUGUUCAUGAUCAUGGCAGUGGCCUUCACUUCCACAUUCUUUGAUGUUGAUCCUACCAAGUCCUUCCCACUCCAGCAUGCGGCGCGCGCUGUCUCCCAAGAGCUGGGUCGUGUUGUGGAAGGCCACGUCAAGUCCAUCAACUCCCCUGGGUUCCUUCACAGUAUCAUCGAUAACUUCCGCGAUGAUCACAAUGCUCUGAAGGACUACGGCGAUCAGCUGAUCAAGCGCCUAUUGGAGAGCGGGCUGGGAGUUUCCGAAGUGACCUGGGGCCAGAUCCUACCAGCGGCAGUUGAGAUGGUCCACACCCAGGCUCAGAUGUUCACCCAGAUCAUCAAUUUCUACCUCACAGAGGGCAAGGCAUAUCUUCCGGAGAUCAACCGCCUGGCUAGGGAGGAAACUACGGAGGCUAAUGACAAGCUUGCCCGUUACUGCAUGGAGGCUGUGCGCCUGAAUGGUAACCUGGGCACCUACCGCGAGUCCCAGACCCACCUCACGGUGUCUGAUGAGAGCGGCCAAUACAGCAUCAAGCCAGGCGAGAAGGUGUUUGUCGGUUCGGAGAGAGCGAACCGUGACCCAAGGGCCUUCCCUUCACCCAACGAAGUGCGUCUUGACCGCCCUCUGGAGUCCUACCUGCACUUUGGCACUGGUCCUGAGAGUGGACUGGGUCAGGAUGCCACCUUGAUUGCGGUGACCGCCAUGGUGCGGAUUGUCGCUCGUCUGGAUAACCUCCGACCUGCUCCUGGGGGUCAGGGGCAAUUGAAGAAGAUUCCCCAGUCGGCUGGAUUCUCCGUAUACCUGCGGGAGGACCACGGCAGCUACUCCCCGUUCCCGACCACCUACAAAGUGCACUACAACGGCGAUGUGCCGGCCCCUAAGCGACAGGUCACGACUGUUUGA